CCGCCCGCCCGCCCGCCCCCUCGCUCCGGCCGGCGGAAGAGUGUCGCCCAGGACGGGGGGUAUUUAGGACAUAGCUGUUAAUGGAAAAUUCAUGAGUACAGAAUAAGGAAGGCACUCUAAGGAAAUGGCGGGAUUUUUAGACAACUUCCGAUGGCCAGAAUGUGAAUGUAUUGACUGGAGUGAAAGAAGAAAUGCAGUUGCUUCAAUAGUCGCAGGUGUAUUGUUUUUCACAGGUUGGUGGAUAAUGAUAGAUGCUGCAGUAGUUUACCCAAAGCCUGAACAAAUGAACCAUGCAUUCCAUACCUGUGGCGUAUUUUCAACACUAGCUUUUUUCAUGAUAAAUGCUGUAUCAAAUGCACAGGUGAGAGGAGACAGCUACAGUGACGGAUGUUUAGGAAGGACAGGUGCUCGUGUCUGGCUCUUUAUUGGCUUUAUGUUGAUGUUUGGUUCACUCAUUGCUUCAAUGUGGAUUCUUUUUGGAGCAUAUGUUACACAGAACACUAAUGUUUACCCUGGAUUAGCAGUGUUUUUCCAAAAUGCAUUGAUAUUUUUCAGGCUCUUUCUUCCCCUCACGUCCCCAUUAGUGCAGCUCUUUCUGAUCCAAUUGAAUUUACGGCUCCAGAACAUGGAUGACCAAGGGGGCAGACAGUAUUCCAGUACUCUGAUCUACAAGUUUGGAAGAACAGAAGAAUUAUGGGGAUGAGAGAUCAAGGAUAGCAUUGUCUAUUCCAUAGCGGCUAUGUUGUACUCUGUAUGUAGAUAUAUUUACAUUUAUUCGUUCUCGUUUUGCUUUCUAAAUCAUAUGAACUAAGACAAAUUACUGUUUCAGUAAGAAGCUCCCUCUUUUCAUAGGAAAGUUUUGUGAAUAUGUACAUAUGACUGUAUAUAUCUUAAAAAGGGAAAGUCAGGCUUUCUUUCUGAAAUCUUCAGGUUUAUUUCUUCAAAUACAUGGCUUUCCAUCAACCCUUAAAGACUUCCAGAUUUUCACAUGUGAGAGAGACUUCAGUGGAACUACAAAUGAAUGAGCAGGAUAAAGCCUGUACCCUGUAAAAGUAUUUGACUUUUAUGCAUGGGUAAGCUGUAGCUCAUUUUACAAGGGUAGACAGCAGGGGCUAAUUGUAUACCUGAAGCAGUAGAGAGCUUAUGGAAGUAGCCCAGCUAAGCCUGUAAUGAGGGUGAAUUCUAUUGUAGGAGGUAAAAGUUGAUUUCAAGAAUUUUAUAGAACUGCUCAGAAAAAGUAGAUUUUUUUUUAAUUAUUUUUUGUAAACAGCAAUGAAAUUUUUAACAAGGUUCUGUAUUAAGCAGAUUCUGCAUGGCAAAUGGAAUUGUUCUUGACUGCUGACUGCUGUAGCACAAAUGAAAUUUGGUAGCAGCAUGGCCCUUGUAGAAUUAUCUCAUGCUGUUCCGUAUAAUAGACACUAAUAACCACUUACUGUAUUUACUAAUACUAAAGUAAAAAAAGAACUCUGAAACUGAUGCCAGUCAUCCUUAAGGAACAUAAAGAACAAAUGAAAGUCAGACUAAUAUCUUCAACAUUAUGUCAGCAUACAUUUUCUUCAAAGAAAGAUUAAAUGUACGGUUAUCCUGCUACCUAUUACUUUUUGAAUAGAAAUAGUGAGCAUUUCAAAUGGGGAUAUAAUAGAAAUGUAUUUAUUGCUGUAGUAUUUCUAAAAAGCUAAUGAUCGUACUAUUCUUAGUUUUAGGACUGCCUCUUGCCCCAGUUAAAAAUUAUUUAUUUCCUAAAUUUGCUGGACACUUUAUGGAAAUGCCUCCAUUGUUGAAAUCCAGUUUCUUCUAGCAGCAGUAUACAGAAAGGGAGAACAUUAAUGUUUUAUAGCUUUGGAUUGAUCUUGUGUAUAUACCUCUUGCUAUUGGUGACUUCCUUAUCUUAUGAGUUUUAUGUGUUCCUAAAGCAGUUAACUCUACCUUGUGUCUAAAAGCUUUUAUAAUUUUCCAUAUAUCAAGAUAGCUGAUCAUAUGGUAUUAAACUUAAGAAUGUAACUUAUGUGCGUGGUUAUGUAUACUGUUAGUCAUCUAAUUACUCCCUUGUGGGAAUCUUUCCAGUGGACAGAAUAUGAAGCAAAUACUGCAGCUGAAAUUGUUCUACUGGCUAGACUAACUUCUAUCCUGAUUUCACCAUUCUGCAGUGAGUUACGAUAUAUUCACUGGUGUUUAUCAUAGCAUUGUACAUAAGUUGUCUGUUUGGCUGUAAUUCCAGAAAAUGGCAAUAAACUUUACCUUAUGUUCUCAAAAUAA